ACGCUUCUCGCUCCCGCUCCGCUAUGAGUGACUUGCUGGUCUGGACAGCUGUGUAGGCGAGCCGUGUCUGCUUGUCCGAGUGUGUGUGAGUGUGUGAGUGUGAGUGUGUGAGUGUGUCUGUGUUCUGUGGAGGCUGGACUGGAUGCUGAUCGAUCUCAGCCACCGUGGCACACACUGCUUGACCGAGUGGACGGCAGCAAGAUGGGAUCAGUGAUAUAUGAGAUUAUGCAGCAGGAGAUCCGACCCCUGCUGGCUGUGGACAUCAUAGAGCAGCUUCAUCGCCAGUUCGCCUUGCUUUCAGGAGGGCGAGGGAAGGAUGGCGCCCCCAUCAUCAUCUUCCCUGAGUACUCAGGCUUCAGCGAAGUGCCGGAAGAAGACUUCCUCAACGUGGUGACCUACCUGACCAGCAUCCCCAGCCUGGAUGCUGCCAGCAUCGGCUUCAUCAUCAUCAUCGACCGGCGGAAAGACAAAUGGAGCUCGGUCAAGGCCUCGCUGUCGCGGAUCGCCGGGGCGUUUCCAGGGAACCUCCAGCUGGUGCUGGUGCUCCGACCGUCCAGGUUCUUCCAGAGGGCCAUCGCAGACAUCGGGAUCAAGCUGCACAAGGACGACUUCAAGAUGAAGGUACCGACGGUGAUGCUGAACUCCCUGUCGGACCUCCACGGCUAUGUGGAGAAGUGCCAGCUGACCCGGGAGCUGGGAGGCAGCCUGGAGUACUGCCACAGUCAGUGGAUCCACCACCGCACUGCCAUAGAGAACUUCGCCCUGACGGUGAAAACCACGGCGCAGAUGCUGCAGAAGUUCGGCACAGACCUGGCGGAGACGGAGCUGCCCAACGACGUCCAGUGCACCAAAGACCUGCUCACAGCGCACACUGACAAGCACAACAACCUCAAGGACGAGCUGAAGCUGGCGGUGAAGCAGGGCACCACCCUGUUCAGCUGCAUCAAGGAGCAGGCGGCCAAGUCCGAGAACCACCAGCUGAACCCCGACGAGAUGGAGAACCAGACCACGGUGGAGAGGCUCCUGGCCCAGCUGGACGAGACCGAGAACGCCUUCGAACAGUUCUGGUGUAAACACCAUCUGAAACUGGAGCAGUGCCUGCAGCUACGCCACUUUGAGCAGGACUUCAGAGAGGUCAAAGUGUGUCUGGACUGCCUGAUGGACUCUCUGAACAGCCUCUCAGACGCCGGGGACUGUGUGGCCCGAGUGGAAGCCCUCCUCAAAGAGCUGAAAACCCUGGAGGACAAGGCUCGGCCCAGCGUGGAGAAAGCCCAGCUCCACGCUCUGCACGGCGACCAGCUGAUUCAGAGCAACCACUACGCCGUGGACUCCAUCCGACCCAAGUGCGUGGAGCUCCGACGGGUCUGCGACGACUUCAGUAACAAAACCAAGAAAAAGACGGACGUCUUGUCCAAGUCCUUGCAGAUACACAUCGGCAUUGACAAGGUCAACCAGUGGUGUGAGUCUGGCAUCUACCUGCUGGCAUCGCAGGCGGUGGAUAAGUGUCAGUCGCAGGAAGGAGCAGAAUCCGCUCUGACCGACAUCGAGCGCUUUCUGGAAUCGGCGGAACAGAACCAGCUGACCGAACUGAAGAACCUCCACAACCAGUACGAGUUGGUCCUGUCAGAGGACCUCAAGAGCAACGUUCUGAAGGCGCUGAAGCGGCUGGAAGACGUCCAGGAAAUGUUCGAGAAGCGUCACGUCAGUCUGAAGAGACUCUCGGCCAAGCAGACCAGGCCGAUCCAGCCCGUCGCUCCGAGGCCCGAGUCGUCCCCGAAGCGGCCCUCGCUGAAGAACCCGCCCAGGACAACGGGGAACCAGCAGCCUCUUGCUCGCCGAGCUUCUGAUAACUCCAACAAAGCCAAAGACCAGUCCGACACUGAUCCCAACAAGAAGAAGAACAUACGCAAGACGAAGGCAGGCAUCAAGAUCGAGGUGAUGCACGAGGAGAGCCAGGGAGGCUCCACCCACAUCGUUGUGACCAACGAGACGGAGGAGAGUCUCUCCAACAGACGCAGACACAUCAUGACGGAGCUAAUCGAGACGGAGCGGCUGUAUGUGGAGGAGCUGCAGAGCAUCAUGGAGGGUUAUUUCGCCGAGCUGAACAACUCGGAGCUCAGCCACCUCGUCCCGCCUUCGCUGGAGAACAAGAGAGACGUUCUGUUCGGCAACUUGCCCGAGAUCUACGAGUUCCACAACAGGACGUUCCUCAUGGAGCUGGAGAACUGUGCGGAGAAGCCGGAGCUGGUGGGGACCUGCUUCCUGAAGAGGAAAGAGGAGCUGCAGGUGUAUGAGAAGUACUGCCAGAACAAGCCUCGCUCCGAGGUCCUCUGGAGGCAGUGCGGGGACAGCCUCUUCUUCCAGGAGUGCCAGAAGAAACUCGAUCACAAGCUGUCUCUGGACGCCUACCUGCUGAAGCCGGUCCAGAGGAUCACCAAGUACCAGCUCAUGCUGAAGGAGAUGCUGAAGUGCAGUAAAGGCCAGGGCAUGGCGGAGCUGGAGGAGGCCCUGGCCACCAUGCUGGACAUCAUCAAGUCCGUCAACGACUCCAUGCACCAGAUCGCCAUCACCGGCUUUGAGGGUAACUUGAGUGAGCUGGGGAAGCUGCUGAUGCAGGGCUCCUUCAACGUGUGGACCGACCACAAGAAGGGCCACAGCAAGGUGAAGGACCUGGCCCGGUUCAAGCCCAUGCAGAGGCACCUCUUCCUGUACGACAAGAUGCUGCUGUUCUGCAAGAAGCGGGACGAGACCACGGACGGCCACGAGAAGACGCCGUCCUACAGCUUCAAGCACUCGCUCAAGAUGAGCUCGGUGGGAAUCACAGAGAACGUCAAGGGCGACUGUAAGAAGUUCGAGGUGUGGUACAACGGCAGAGAGGAGGUGUAUAUCAUCCAGGCUCCCUCUAUGGAUGUGAAGAACAUGUGGGUGUCGGAGAUCCGUAAGGUUCUCACAGGCCAGCUGGAGGCGUGCAGAGAGGCGAGUCAGCUCAACAUCUACGGGGCUCCCAUGAGGAACGUGCGUAAGAUGGCUCUGAAACAGUCCGACUCGUCCAGUCCGGAGUCGGGCUUCCGGAGGACCAACCCCAGUCCCAACAUGAGGCAGAAGAGAGCGGACGCCGCGGCCAAGCAGGCGGGCCACUCCGCCGCUAACGUUCGAAAGCAUUUCAGCCUGCAGAGACUUUCCAACAGGAGGUCUCUCCCGUCAGAGCCCACUGUGAAGGAGGCGGAGGUCCCCCGCCGCUUCUCUCUCACCUCCUCCCUUGCUUCCUCCUCCUCUUCCUCCUCCUUCGCCGCACGGCGAACAAAAGGUCCGCUCUCCGCUAGCAUAAAGAGCAAGAGACACGAGAUAAAGAGCGACCCCACUCCGUUCGGUUAUGAAGAUACGUUACGCGGCGCUAUGGCCGCGCUGGGGAAGCGUCAGAGCAUGACGGGCGGCGCCGCCGGCGCCGGGGGGAACAACGCCGUCCCCAGAUCGACGUCGCAACCAGGCUGGACCCAGAGGCGUCUGCUCUCCAUGGACACCGAGGACUUUGAGACCAUUCCCUCCAGCGCAGAGGAGUCCUCCAACUCUUCAGAGGACGAGGGCAGCAAUAAGAACGGAGACAGCAGCCGCUUCCGGGUGCAGCUGACCUACGACUCCCGUGAACCCCGUGACCUCUCUCUGGAAACAGGCGACCUGGUCCAGUUUCUGGAGGAAGCAGAAGCCGGGAACUGAUAUCUUCAGCGACCUGUGCACGGCGGCGCUCUCCGACUCGGACGAGAACGGAGCCGGCAGGUGGGGCGACGUGUCGCAGGACGCCUGAGGCUCGAGACCACAAGCAGGGCUGGAACUCUUACGACUGUAACUCACCACCGUGACCGCUAGUUUUUCACCUGUAGGCCUUCAGGAAGGACGACAAAAAUGGCCUGCAGUAGUUUUGUUUUGUUUUCUCCUGAUGUUGUUUCUCAGUAAAGCCUCUGGACUCGCUGGAAGCUUCGUUUGCUCGGACGCCGCUGCAGGA